GGCACCCACUAACACUUACCUCGAAACAUACGAGCACAUAUAAACCUAUUAAUACUUAUAUAUCUCCGUCUAUGGACAACAACCAUACCGAAAAAAUGGAGCAUCAUCAAACAACUCAAAAGCAGAAAAUAAAGAGGAAGAGCAAAGGCACCAAUAAGACCAAGUUCGUUGGUGUCAGACAAAGGCCUUCAGGGAAAUGGGUGGCAGAGAUCAAAGACACCACUCAAAAGAUACGUAUGUGGCUCGGAACCUUUGAGACCGCAGAAGAAGCUGCUCGAGCCUACGACGAAGCUGCCUGUCUCCUACGUGGCUCCAACACUCGCACCAAUUUCGCAAACCAUUUCCCAAACAACUCACAACUGUCUUUGAAGAUCAGAAACCUCCUUCACCAGAAGCAGAGCCUGAAACAUCAACAACAACAACAACAAAACAAACCAGCCUCUUCUUUUGUAGAACACAACAUCAAUUACACUUUGCCUGCUACUUGUCCCACCGCCAACACCACUACCACACUGAUGCCGCUCAAUAACGUGUACCGCCCUGAUUUAUCAGCCAUAUUACAACCAGAAGCCGACAGUGUCCAGCUUCCUUACUCUUGGCCACUUGUCUCUGAACUCAACCAUCAGGUUCCUUUGGCUAAUUACAGAGUGGAAGAAGCACAUGGACAUCUCAACGAUCAUAACACAACCGAUCAACAUUCUGGUCUAGCUGACAUCGAAAGACAGAUAUCUGCAUCUCUAUAUGCAAUGAAUGGAGCUACCACUUACUACGACAACAUGCAUUCAGAGUAUCCAAUAUUCGAUCCGACCGAUCCCAUUUGGGAUCUCCCUUCACUCUCUCAGCUCUUCUGCCCUACAUGAUCACAUCUAACAUUCUCUUUUCAAUUCAUGCAAGUGUGGACCCAUGAAUGUAAAAGUAGAACACAUCUCUACAGAGUCCUAUUGUAACUAAAGAAAAAAAUGGACGAUUAAGAAGAUGACAAAGAUUGAUAAUGAACUCUGGAACACUCAAUGGUCACUUUACCAAUGAACUGAACCAAAAUAAACACAAGACGGUGGAGAAUGUGCAACGUAAAUUGUACAGGAUUAAAAAAAAAGAAACAUGUAAUCAACAAGAAUCACAAGUAGAAACAUAAAUUUUGAAAAAAACUUUUUGGUUGCACAUCAUUCA